AUGCGCCGCCUCCCGCGGGCCGCGCUGCUGCCGCUGCAGCUCGCCCUGCUCGUGGCCGCCGGGGCCCCCGAGGCGCCGGUGAGCGCGCCGCGGAGCCUGGUGUGGGGGCCCGGGCUGCGGGCGGGCGUCGUGCUGCCCGUCCGCUAUUUCUACCUGCAGGCCGUGAACUCGGAGGGCCAAAACCUCACUCGCUCGCCCCCAGGUCAAACACUAUUCAAAGUAGUAAUCAAAUCUCUUUCACCUAAAGAAUUAGUCCGGAUUCACGUCCCCAAACCUCUGGACAGGAAUGAUGGGACAUUUUUGAUGCGAUAUAGGAUGUAUGAAACUGUCAACGAAGGGCUGAAGGUAGAGGUCCUUUAUGGUGAUGAACAUGUGGCUCAGUCUCCUUAUAUUUUGAAAGGACCAGUGUACCAUGAGUACUGUGAGUGUCCUGAAGAGGAUCCUCAGGCCUGGCAGAGAACUCUUUCUUGUCCAACCAGGGAACCACAGAUUGCAAAGGAUUUCGCUUCCUUCCCCAGCAUCAAUCUCCAGCAGAUGCUAAAUGAGGUUCCAAAAAGGUUUGGGGAUGAGAGGGGUGCCAUUGUUCACUACACGAUUCUCAAUAACCGUGUCUACCGGAGAUCUUUAGGGAAAUACACAGACUUCAAAAUGUUCUCGGACGAGAUUUUGCUGUCACUGGCAAGAAAGGUCCUUCUCCCCGAUAUAGAAUUUUAUAUUAAUCUUGGAGAUUGGCCUCUGGAGCAUCGAAAAGUGAAUGAAACCCCUGGCCCUUUACCUAUCAUUUCAUGGUGUGGCUCCUUGGAUUCACGGGAUGUUAUCCUUCCAACGUAUGACAUCACCCACUCCACACUCGAAGCGAUGAGGGGUGUCACCAAUGAUCUCCUCUCUAUUCAGGGAAAUACAGGGCCUUCCUGGAUCAAUAAAACAGAGAAAGCUUUCUUCAGAGGUAGGGAUAGCCGAGAAGAGAGGCUCCAGUUGGUACAGCUGUCCAAGGAAAAUCCAGAGCUCCUAGAUGCAGGAAUUACAGGAUAUUUCUUUUUCCAAGAGAAAGAAAAGGAGCUUGGAAAAGCUAAAUUGAUAGGUUUCUUUGAUUUCUUUAAGUACAAGUAUCAAGUGAAUGUGGAUGGGACUGUGGCGGCUUAUAGAUAUCCGUACCUCAUGCUGGGCGACAGUUUGGUUUUGAAGCAGGACUCGACAUAUUAUGAACAUUUCUAUAUGGCACUAAAGCCUUGGAAACAUUAUGUUCCAAUUAAAAGAAAUCUUAGUGAUUUACUAGAGAAAGUUAAGUGGGCCAAGGAAAAUGAUGAAGAAGCCAAGAAGAUUGCUAAAGAAGGGCAGUUGGCUGCUAGGGAGCUGCUGCAGCCGCACCGGGUUUACUGCUAUUAUUAUAGAGUGCUCCAGAAAUACGCUGAGCGCCAGUCCAGUAGACCCAAAAUACGUGAUAAGAUGGAACUUGUUCCUCAGCCAGAUGAUAACACGUCCCUGUGCCAGUGUCACCGGGAAGGACCUUUCAGAGAAGAGCUUUAAGUCAGCUCACACGGACACUCCUGUGAAUGCCAGUGAAACAUGGAAUGCAAGCCUUCAGACAGAGGCUGCGCUGUGGGCAGCGCAGUCGAGGAGACUCACGUGGACUGGCAGAGCAAGAUGAGAGCAAGUAGUACAGGCCUCUUUGAAUAUUAUUUUCUUUUGUGUAAAGACGGCUAUCAAUAUCACAGUUGCUCUAAACAGAAAACUUGCGGGUCAUAGAGAGGCUUGCCAAAAUAGAAAUCACUAUGAAAAAAAAAAGAAAUCACUAUGAAAUUAUUUACACCAUAUUUCUUAGUUUGUUUCUAUCCCUUGUUCACUUUCCCUGUCCCUCUUCCAAUUAUGAAGAAAAAAUGUUUGUGCAGGGUUCUUCCCCUCUUAUUGCGUAAUUUCGCCUCCUACAAGCUGCUUUGGACAUUGAGUAAUAGCAAGCCUCCUUUUGGAAGGUCUGAUAAGAAUAAUUAAGGAAGAAAAGCCUGAUGGCUCCCUUGUUAAAGGUAGCUUGGAGACUGUGGAGGCCACGUUUUUUUAAAGCUCACUCAUAUCUUUUUAGCUAAGUUUUAUCAAGGCCUGAGACAAAAUUAAGGAGAAAUUAUGCCAUAAGCUAGUAAUUCCCAAUCUAUCUGGGUGGUACACCCAUCAAGGACAACACAAUUAUUAGUAGAUGAGAACUUUCUGUGGGUACCACUCAUUAUCUAUGUAUUGAAUAGAUGGAAGAUAACUACACUCAGAUGGGGAUCGCUACUACUUUUUUGAAUCUUUAAAAGGGACACGUGAAAACAUCUGCCAGAAACAGCAGUAAGCCUGGUACCUUGGGAAUUCACCAAUAAGCUGAUAAGAAAGGCAAGCAUCCUGAGUGCACCCCUCCUCUGUUUCAGUGAAUUGCUACAAGAAAAACUUUGGAAAUUUCCUUUGCCUUUUUGGACAGGGUCAAAACUUAAGCCUUAUAGCCCAGAAAUUCAUUACACACUCCUUGUAAAACCACCAAUCCAAGAUUCACUCCACUAAAGGACACACUCCCAAAGCAAGAGCUAGCUACACUCCCAGUAUGAAAAUAUUUACUCCCCUAAUUGAAAUAUUUACUUAAUCUGAGAAACAAUGUAACCACUUUAAAGUAGUCAUAUCCUUUUAUGAAGGUUCAAGAAGAACACAGAAUUGUGUAACUAGACAAGAGCAAAACCACAUUUAGGAGAACAGUGUCAUCAAAACCAAGUACCCAAGGAAAACACCCACCAAUUGUACACCCACAAAAAUACAAGGUCACGAGUAUAAAAUAAAGGGCAGCUGUACUAGGACCAUACACUAAUGAAUCCAUGUCCUGCAUAUAUUGUACAUGGAGUUUGGGGCUUGUCAAAGCUGAGAUUAUUGAAAGAAAAUUUGCCUUCCUUCACACCAGCCUGCCCACCAACCCCAGGUCCUUCCUUGUGGCUGAUGGCAUCUUGUGAGAAAUAUCUUAAAUUUUUAAAAUGUCUAUCAUUUGCUGCCAAACAAGCCUGAUAGUUAAAAGUGAACUGAGAUACACCACACAGCUUCUGAGCUUGGAACAGGAAAGGAUGUGUUUGAGAAAGUAAGUGGAACUCUCAAAAAAUUUCAUAGGGAGUCAGCAGUCAAUCUAGAUAAUUUUCCAUCUGCCCAGCUCAGUCAUAGUCUUUAAAAAGUUAUUUUUGUGUGGCUUUCUGGUUUGUUGACACGAAUAUAACUUAAUAAAAUCGUUUUACUAAAACCCUGAUUUUUUCCCUUCGAAUUCACACAAUAUCUACAUAUUCCAUUAGUUGUUUUCAAUACUUCAACUUAAAAAAAUCUGAUUUUUGAAAGGAAGAGAGGGGUAUGCAGGUAAAUACAAUAAGUGCAUUUAUCUAAAUAAGCUGCCAGCAUGUUUGUUGCUGUAUUAUUUUUAUUAGUAAAAUGUUGGAAGCACCUUGAUUUCAUGAGGGAACUGGCUAAAUAGUUAUUGAUAUAUAAAGUAAUGUAAUACAACUAUUUUUAAAAAGUAGCUCUAAAUGUACUAUCAUGAAAGAUUUCCAUUACAGUAUUCAGUGAAAAAACUAAGUUACAGAACAACAUGUAUAAUGUGAAACCAUGAAUGUAAUAAACAAAAAUAUAUUUGUAUGGUUGAAAGUUUGGAAGGAUUUUACCACUAUCUGAGGAAGAGAUGGAGAGAAGGGAAUUUUUACUUUUUGCUAUAUACCUGUCUAUGAUAUUUGUUUUUGCUACAAGUAAGAAAAUCAGAUUGUAAAAUAAAGAAAAAUGUAAACCUAGGAAAAGA